AUGCUUUUGGGUAAGCCUUUGUUUCCGGGGAAAAACGUGGUGCACCAGUUGGAUCUUAUGACUGAUUUUCUUGGAACUCCACCUCCCGAGUCGAUAGCAAGGAUUAGAAAUGAAAAGGCGAGGAGAUAUCUUAGCAGCAUGAGGAAAAAACAGCAAGUCCCUUUCUCUCAUAAGUUCCCUAAAGCUGAUCCUUUGGCUCUCCGCCUUCUUGAACGCCUGCUUGCCUUUGAUCCGAAAGAUCGUGCAUCAGCUGAAGAUGCACUAGCUGAUCCAUACUUCAGUGGCUUGUCAAAUUCAGAGCGUGAACCAUCAACGCAGCCAAUUUCAAAGCUUGAAUUUGAUUUUGAGAGAAAGAAGUUAACUAAAGAUGAUGUCAGAGAAUUAAUUUACCGUGAGAUAUUGGAAUAUCAUCCUCAGAUGUUGGAGGAAUACCUUCGCGGUGGUGAUCAGCUUAGCUUCAUGUACCCUAGUGGGGUUGAUCGAUUCAAGAGGCAAUUUGCUCAUCUUGAAGAGAGUCAAGGUAAACCAGGAGCAGCAGCAGGAGGAGGAAGAAGUACUGCACUUCACAGACAUCAUGCUUCCUUGCCAAGAGAGAGAGUUCCUGCUCCGAAUGGUGAAGCUGCAGAAGAAAGCAGUGAUGUUGAGAGAAGAGCAGCAGCUGCUGUGGCUUCAACCUUGGAAUCUGAGGAAGCAGACAAUGGAGGAGGUUACAGUGCUCGUAACCUCAUGAAGAGCGCGAGCAUCAGCGGUUCUAAAUGCAUUGGUGUCCAAUCAAAAACUGAUAAAGAGGACACCAUAGCUGAGGAAGAAGAUGAUGAGACAGUUGCAGAGCUUGCUGAUAGAGUUGCUUCUCUUCCUAAUUAA